CGUGUAGGUCGUAUCGUGACAUCUCGUGUCGCGUCGACGCCGAUCUCUCUUCUUCGACGAGAGAUCUCUCUUUUUCGCACGAGCUGCGUACGAAAUACGAUGCGGUGCGUCGCGUGAGAAAGGAUUGCCCGUGCAGGAUCAUCACUUUUCGCGUACGUGCGUUACAUUUACGUGCGUCAUGCCGAUACUUGAUUUCGCGUGAUCUUCGCGCGAUCACAGUACAUUCACGUACACGUUAUAUUUGCGCGACUGUAUUUGUUUUGCGCGCAUUUGUAUCGUCAUCGCGGGAUCGGUAUACGUUAUAUCUUCGGUGACCCUACGUUCGCGCGCGCCCGUGUGUGUGUGUGUAUAUAUAUAUAUAUAUAUAUGUGUGAGUUGCGCGGAAUAGCGUGACGCCGUGCGCCACGUUUGAACGGCCGUUACGCGUUCGGAUUCGGGAGUGCCGGUCUCGAAGCAAAGUUCAUAGUACCGCGCGAUGUGUCUCGGAUUGUGCGUGCGGCGUCCUUGGUGAAAAGAUUGGAGCAACAAGAGCUGUGAAACAGGAAAAAGAGACAAAAGAGCAAAAGUGGCAGACGUGCUGGGAGAGAAGGACGUGAAGGACAUUGUCGCUGUUGAUUGACGGAUACGAGCCGGACGAACAUUGACGAUUUCAUUGUUGAGAUCGCGAGGCGACAAUAUUAUCUGCGUUCGAUGUGGAAUUGCAAUUCAACCAUUUGAAAUCGCGACGAAACACAGAUUGCUUUCUAUAAAUGGGAUAAUACUAUAUUAUAUAUAAGUGACUAUAAUAGCUUGGUAGCAUUAAUCAUCCCGGUGUUCCUUCAUCUUUGAGAUAUUGCUGUGCGAGCUUGUCCGACUUUUCUGUCUACUUCCAAACACGAACGCAAAAAGUGAAUAUAUUUGGACCAUGUUUGAACGGUGCUGCAAACAGGAUGCCGACCACUGAGAGACACGAUCGUGCUGUCCAUGUAGUCCAGGAGAAACUAUCCCAGUUCGACACGUAGCACCAUCCUUGGUUCAAGGCAUUCGAUAAAAUCGUGAAUUACAUUAUCCUGAGACCAGAACGAACGAUUCCUCAAGAUGGGACCGAAAACGACAGGCCGGUGGUUCCUCUGUGCGGCGUUUAUGGUCGCCCUGUGUCAAGGCAAAGAGGACUGGAUGCAGUGCUCGUCGACUUGCAAGUGCAAAUGGGUGUCCGGCAAGAAGACCGCCGAGUGCAUCAAGCAGAACCUCACGCAGGUGCCGGUGGACCUUUCGCCCGAGAUUCAGAAUCUUGAUCUUACCGGCAAUCACAUGACUCAUCUCAUACACGAAGCGUUUAGUCGCGUCUCAUUGGUGAAUCUUCAUAAAUUGGUGCUGCGCGAAUGCGGCAUUGAAUCGAUUCACACGGACGCUUUCAACGGCUUGAAGAUCGUUAUCGAGAUCGAUUUGUCGGGCAACAAAAUCCGUAGUUUACAUCCCGGCACCUUCUACGAGACUCAACGAUUACGUGUGUUGUUACUCAAUCAAAAUAGAUUGAGGGUUCUUGAAAACGGUCUGUUUUUCAAUCUUACCUUCCUGCAAAAAGUGGCGUUGUCGGGAAACAAAUUGGAGCACAUCGAAAACAAGACGUUCCGUAAUCUACCGGGUUUGCACUCGCUCGCGUUAGACGGGAAUAACUUCAGUACUCUGCAACUGCAGUGCUUCGAGAGUCUUCCUAAACUCGGCAGUCUCGAACUUCAGAAUAAUCCCUGGAAUUGUAACUGCCAUCUCAAAAGGUUUCGCGAUUGGACGAUCGAACGAAAGUUAUACACAAAGCCAACCACUUGUCAGGAGCCGCCCAACAUGGCCGGUAAGAUGUGGGACGAAGUUACCAGCGAUGAGUUUGCGUGCAAACCGAAGAUCGUCACCAUCAGUCCGGGGACUAAAAUCGAGAUGCGCAGAGGAGACGUGACUUUCUCGUGCAGAGCAACGGGAAUCCCACGUCCUCAGUUAUCAUGGGCGCAUCGUACCCGUGUUUUAGACAACCUUUCCAAACGUCCGAAUAGCGACAGAAACUACAUAUUGUCAGCGAGCCACGAUUGGUUGAAUCUCACUAUUCCUGACGUGACGCUCUCCGACAAGGGCGAUUACAUCUGCCACGCGAAGAGUCCGGGCGGCGACACCGAGAAGAACGUGACUCUGGCCGUCAUAGGCGACGCGCUGGGCAGCAGAGAUAAUUUUAUCAGCCUGCCACUCGCUAUAGGGCUUGGCGUCACUGCACUAUGCUUGCUGAUCGUCGCGAUAGUACUUUGCGUGUGCUACUGUCGACGACGCCGGACCAGGCACGAUGAGAAGGGUCUCGAGGCGGCAUCCUUGGAACAUCACGGUCUUGGUGAGCAGGAGAAAUCUCUGAUCACCACUAUUAAUCCGGUGGUAAAGCCGCCGAGACGUUACGAGGCACCGUCGGUGACGUCGCACGGCACGGAGAUGACGGAGCUGAAUCGCACGUUGCUCGACAACGAUUCGGUCUUCGUUGACGGUGUCGGAAGCGGUGUCGUCGACAGGGUAGGCGACGACGAGAGGGAGCACGAACUGACUACUCCGGAACUCGACAGAAGCGGUGGUACCGGCGGCACAUUGCCGCGCGGGGGUGCCAGUUACCAUCAUCGACAAUAUCCACCAGAUCUAUUGGCCUUCUCCGGCGGUCGAGGCGCAUCGCCGACUAGCCAGACGUCAACGGCGCCUGACAGCACGCAUCUGCCUAAUCAGUACGUGACGGCGACGACAACGGUGACGACGGCGGCGACGACAUCAUCAUCAUAUGGCUCGCCGCCGCCUGGUCAGUAUCAUCCAGCCGCCUUCAAGACAUUGCCACAUAGCCGCAGUGUAACGCCGUAUGGCAUCGGACCGUCGUCGUCUUCAUCGUCGAUGGCACCGGUGCUACCGCGUCACGGCUAUGUAACGAUCCCGCGUCGACCGCGGGCACCCAGUUGGAGCAGCGGACCCCCGACGUCGCCCACCGAUAUUCUCGAACCGGUAUACGAUAAUCUAGGGCUGCGCACCACGGCUGAUGGCAGCUCGAUGUUAUCGUUGAACAAGAGCCCGGAACCGGCGUCUUCGUCCAUGCGAGGCCGGCCACUUCCGGUCACGCCGGGCGGAUCGCACUACGGUACAAUUCAGCGCAGCACGCCGAACAUCCUGACCGGCAGUCCGCUGGACCGGGCGGCCCCGGAAGGCGCAGCCGAGUGGCCGAUCAAGCUGCCGGACGAGAGCAUGAACAGCAGUCAUUCGCUGUUGACGCAGCAGCAACAAGCUGCCGCCAGCAAUACUCUCGGCAGGAAAGUGCCGCCUAGACCGCCACCGAAGCCCAAGAAAAAAUCCGCCAACGGGCCGACGUUGUACGAAGACGAGGGAGAGGAUGGCACGGAAGUAUGAUAUCAUGGAUAUCGUCCGCAAUGAGGACGAUUGGUCGUAGUACGCCAUGAUGGGGAGCGUGCGACCACAUUUACAAUAAACCGGUAGUGCCUUUCGAAACGCGUUUUUCGCGCGCGUAAAACUUCCAUUUCGCACGAUGAAUCGCAGUCAUCUUGAAGGAUGAACGAGGCAUGAGGCGACUCGGGAAGACAACGGCAUUGCUCGCCGGAACCAUUGACGUUAAGAAUACACGGCGAUUGGACAAUUGUGUCACCUGUUUCCUUCCUGUAAGUCAUCUCUUUCCUUUCCUCUUUCCUGUAAAUUAUUUUGUAAAUUAUUUAUUGAAUGCUGCAGAGAAUCCAAAAUAUCCAAACCCAAUAGAUCGUGCGAUCCAUACGAAUUAUUUUUAAACGAUCCGAUUAUCGAUGGAUGUCAUUUUUCCGUUCCUUAUCUCUUACAUAUUAUUUUCUUCUUUUUUUUUUUUUUUUUGUCGAGUUCCUUUAGCUUCUUAUUUGGCGCUAGCUACGCGCGGUGAGGUGAUCACGUGAUAAAGUGAAUAAUGUCCUGGACACAUUGUUGCCGGCUUAGUCGAUAAGGCGAGAUAAACGCUGUUCGCGUUUUGUAUGAAAUUUAUGCGAAACAGGAAGCAACUGCUGCAAGAACUGAACAUAAAUCGUUCUGUCAAGAGCGAUAUUGAAGUGAAUUCGUCUUCUAUCCGCAAUGGAAAAUCGCGAUCGUUUCGAUUCGAUUCACAUGUACAAUAUAAGUGGAAAUGUUAAGAUUCAGACAAGCAACGUUUUGCACGUGUUACAUUUAUGCGGAGAACGUAAUGAGAAUUUAAUAUUGUUAAGAAAUUAUAUAGCUGUUACAUGUCAUCCUGUCGCGUUUCUUUUUUAAUGUCGAAAUUCCGACGCUUGUAUCGAAUUUUAGCAAGACCGUUGCAUUUUCAUGCAACGCAAACUCUUGAGCAGCUUACAUCGAAUGGCGUAACGAUCUAUGUCCCUUUUCCCUCUGUAAAAGCAUCGUUACACCGAAUAUUCGUAGAGAUAUAUCCCGUACUCUGUUAACGACAUUUGAUAUCUUUAAUUUGAAAAAUAUCGCUUGCGAUAAUUACAGCAGCAAAUUGAUAUUACUCUGUAUACUUUGAAUCGAAAACUGCAGUUUGUCAAUCUAUUGUUAUUCUAUUCAAUGUAUUUUAAUAUACGUAAGAGGCAUGUAUAUUAAAAUUGAAAAAGAUAUUGAUAGAUAUCGUUAACGCAGUUCGUAAUGUAACAGUACUAUGACGGGUGCCAUUUGUAUUACGUUAAACGAUUAAAUCUCUAUUACAGUAAUGUAUAAAAGUAAAAUAGAUAUAAGUGCGAUGACACUCGAACUCGUGUUUGAGCUUGUAAGGACAAAUGUAUUAUGAAAUACGAUAAGACGGCGUGCAACCAAAAAACAUACGUAGGUAACGUCUAUUUCUGUCGACGCUAACUGCACGAAUAUCGUGACUUUGGAGUUCGUAUAAUCAACUAUUGUCGGAAUAAACGAGUGGUCUUAAUAACAGCGUAUUUUGGAAAUUGCGGUUAAUUUGGCAUCGCUGUCCAAUUGAUCUUUACCACUACAAUCAUAUUAGCUAUAACACCAAAAAUGACCAGUUUAAUGUAUAUAUACUACUCUGCUAUCGAUUCAAAUUUAUUUCGGAAUUCCAAAUUAAUUGAACGCGCGUUUCAAUUAGCAACAGGAACAGAGUUCAAUCAGAGUUAAAAAUUGCAGCAUCGCGCAUAAUAUCCCUAUUGCGCGAAGAAUCAUUGACCGAAGCGAGCAUACUCGCAGGGCGCGAAUGAAAAGAGAUAUCGCGGAAUGCGGAUAAAUGUUAGAUUGACAUGAUUUAAAAAGAUGGGGAUAUUACGACGUGUCGCAAACGUGGAAAUCAACGCGUCACUAUUUUGAGAUACGCGCGAUCACUGCAAUUCUACCAUCGAUGACAAUAUAUCGCGAAGUAGAACGUCCAUGCGAGCUAUAUAUCAUCGACGAACGAACGGACUUAUGGUCCGGAAUACCUGAUGGCCGAUAAAUCGUCUCUUCUUGAAACUAGAAAACAUGUGACUUGUCGAAGCGAUUGUCGCGCGCGCGCACACAGCCGAUGCGCAUUUUUCUUUCAUCGAAGUUAAUGCCUUUUUGACGGGGAACUCAUUCGAGCUUGUCUCGUCUUCUCUUUUCUUGUUUUUUCUGCGAUGCGAUUUCCGCGAUAUGAGUACAGAUCGUUCCCACUUGCUUCUAUUAUCUUCCAUGCUGGGUUCAUUCUGUCGAUUUGCUGUUUCCGUUUUUCGCGCAAGGCAUCAAGCUGCUAUACAUCGUGAUAAGGAGUGCUUACGUGCUUACACACCAGCACAAAGACCGUCGCUUCACCCGUGGGUGAUAUUUCACCGGGGUAAGCGUAGGUAGGUAGAGAACGUUCUUUAACUGCGAAUUUAUCGCCGACGAGCUACUCGCUCUUUAUGCUUUUGUUACCUUUUUAUCCGGGAGAUUAACGUUCUAUUUCUCUGGCUUUAGCAGGGAUUUUUCGUACGCGAUUGUAUACAACUUGUUGCGAUUGCGCGGAACGGCAGUUCUCUGUAACAAAGUGCCGAGUAGUCGGGGGAGAUGUAUUUCCGAUGAAUCCUGCGCACAAACUUGACUUACUGUCGAACGAUACUUGAAUCUAAAGGACGCUCUCGAUCAGUCCGACAUCCUGUCUUUCAAACAACUCAGAUCCGUGCUGUUCAAACAAAACAAUGCCGAAUCCUUUUCCAUAAAUGUAUUACGCGGGAUCGUGUCGCAAUAUACGGAGUAUCUUGAAAGUGUAUCGUAUUUUAUCUCUAGAUUUAGAGAAUCGAUUGGUCGCUUUUUUCUUGUACAAGAAAACAUGAGACGAGGAAAUUACUGCGAUAAUAUUAAUAUUUUAAUAUUAAAUAUCUCGAUACUCUGGACACUAAUUAAAUUUGUUUUAAAAUACAAAUUACUUAACUUUGAAUAUUAUUAUAUGAAAAAUAAAUUCGUAACAUCUAUAAUUUUACAUUUUUUUUUUUCAUUUUUUUUAUCGAUCAAAGACAAAUCCUUUUCUUUCAUUUUAUAAUAUUAUGGAUAUAAAUAUGCCAAAUAUAUCGAAUUUAAUUACGGGAAAUUAAAAAAAAAAUUUUUAUGUUUUCUUUUUUCUUUUAUUAUUUUAUUUUUUAUUUCCCUUUUUUAAGAUUAUUCUUUAUAUUUUUGUCUCUCGAUGUGAUAGUUGUCCUGAAUGUGAGAUUGACAAAAGCAUAGUGUGUGACGGUUAUCGAUACAAAAACCGAGCUUUACUCGUGCCCACGUUAUGCCCAACAGUAUUAAGUGCUCGAUGACUGCAGUUUCGAGCGCAAAGAAUGCAACCGCCCGGGUGAGACGGAGAAAAUAACGACGCGAUCGCGUCGCCUCGAUUUUUCGCAGCGAUCGACGAGCGACGAACCCGAUGAUUUAUGUCGGCGCGAUUUAUUCGCAACGUAUCGUGACAGUUUAAACAAUGUUCCCAGUUUUUCGUGGGCUAGUGCCAAUUGACGGCGAUGUUUUCGUCUCCGUUUUCUCCGAUAUCGCAUUAUGCGCGAAAUGUUAAUUUUUGCGCCUUUUUCUCCUUUCUCGUGACUCGCAUCGCUAUUUCAUUCCGAUGAAGAUCGCACAUCGACGUAUACAAAAAGAAUCGAGCUCGCACGAUCGGAGAGAACGUCGGACAGUAUUUUAAGCGGCCUAGCAAAGUCGCGGAUCGCCCGACCGUCGUGCCAUGCCAUGUAUAUACACUCUCUUUUUUUGUCUCUCUCAACUGCACCCCUAUAUCCAUACACUGUUUAUAUUGUAAAUGUUGUACGCGAUGGAAACCAGCAUGGCACGUCCGGUCGUUACGGCGCCACGAGUAUAUUUUUGUAAUUUUGUAUUUUGAAUUGUGCUCUCCGCGUGUAGCUCGACGUCUCACUCGAUCCGGAGGUCGAUUAGCGGCCAGAUUCGAGAAGCAGGUUUGACUGUCGAUACCACCGUAUAUACACACGAUCGUAAUCUCCGGAUGCAUUCGGCGAGUAUUGCAAGAACCACCGAUGCACGUUCCAUUUAACACUAUGGGAAAGUGCUACGCGCGUCCGACAGUUAACGAAGCGAGUGUACGUACCCGCUAUCGGGAUAAUUUAUAGAUUGUCGCUGAAUUGUAUCCUGAAUCGCGAUUGUGAACCGUCUCACCUAUGCAUCUCACGUCGCGAAAUGUUCGACAUCGACUGAUCGCGGAAUCGAACGUCUAUUUCGAAUGCGAUCUCGUUCAUCACACGUAUCUUCCGUAGGAAACUCUCUCUCUCUUAACGAGGAACUUGUUAAUCCUCAAUAACGAAAUAAUCAAGAUUCUUAAAGAUUCUUCGGAGAUUUUUAUCCGAGCAAUCAAAACUCAAAUAAAAUCCUUCAAAUCGAAACAAUCGAAUAGCCGUAUCAUAUUUUCAUUUUCGUAAAUAAUAAAAAUUUCUUUUGCAUUGUUUUCGAUUUUUUAUCAAAGAUAUUUUGCUUUUUCGCGAUUUUGCAAAGAUUUUUAUUUCAUCAUUUCAAGAUGUCUGUUGAUAAAAGUUAGCAUUGCUGGAGAGUUUAUGUAUAAUCAGGAAUAAAAUUAAAAACGCGGCUUCGCACGAACGAAGACGCGCCUUACACAGAGAUCAUUUAACGCUUUUAUGAUAAUGCGAUAUGUAUGCGAUAAAUGCGAAUUUUCAGCGCUCAAUUAUCUAUCCGCAUCGUUUGUGCGAUAUUUCAAAUAUGUAAACGCACACUCCUCGCUUCCAAUACCCUUCGAUUUGUACGUGCCCGUGAAGUGUAAUGCUAAUUUACAUUAAAAUCGGAUAAUUUACUGACUGAUACAAGUAAACUCGUUUAGGCUGCUAUUUGUUGCGCACAGAUGAAAAUUUAUUUUGCUAUUUAUCGAAAUUAUUAAUGGGCGUCAUUUUAAUAAUAUUAAUAUAUUCACAUACGAAUUGUAUCAUUAAUAUCAUUUAUAUAAUUUCAAAAUAACCACGUGGUUAUUCAAAUUAUUAAAUAGUUUUGAUCAUUCAAAUUAUUCAUGCAUUAAUUUUAAUAACAAAAAGAUAUCAAAUUUCGCUUUCAAUUUAUUACGCAGAUCUAUGUUUGUACGCGAAAUGGCAUGUUGGUUUUAUUAUAUGACGCUUCACUCUCUGCCAAUGAGCGGUCAAUCGAAGGUACCGUCCAGUAGACCGGUCCAAUUUUACUUACAAUAUUUCAAGCAGUUAUUUAUGUGGACCUAAUUAGAACACUUUUUAUAAAACGCGUAUAUUUUGUAGAAUACAAUUCAGUGAAAGCAUUCGUAUAGACUUAAAACGUAUUAUGCCGAAUACUUAGCGUUCUGCAUUUAUGUAACAUUCCG